CACACAUACUUGUAGAGCAUGUGAGACAGUGAAAUUUACUAGUGUUAAACAUGGAUGUGAAGAAAGAUGAGAACAGUAUCUUAGAAAACAUGAAACAAGAGAUUAAUCAUAGUCUAAAAGAAGAAGCACAAGAAGAAGAAGAGAUUCUAAAGAAGAGAAUCUCAAGCCACCCUUUGUAUGGGCUUCUUCUUCACUCACAUCUCAAUUGUUUAAAGGUGUGUUCCGGCGACUUUGACUCACCGGAGAUCAUGAACACGGCUGAUGAUCUUGCCCUAUCCAAACUCUCUCUCCACCCUGACUCUUCCUCCGAAGCUACCUCUUCAGAACUUGAUCAAUUCAUGGUUCUUUUUUUUUUUUCUCCCUGCCAAAACAUAUUUACACAACAAAAAACAACUUUUCACGUUCUUUUAUUUUUUCCUUUGCAAAUUAAUUUGACUUUCAAGUAUUCUAAGUUUAUUUUGCCAAGAAAAAAACAGUAGCACUUAUACUUGUAAAUUGAUUCACAUAAUAGGAAGCGUAUUGCUCGACUCUACGGGAGCUCAAGGAAGCAAUGGAGAAGCCUCUUACCGAAACGCAUCGUUUUGUGGAUGCGGUGUACACUCAGCUAAACGACAUCGUUAUGUCAUCACCCCCUUAAAAAAGGGUAACAUGAACAACUGUUCGGUGCUACUAUGUCAAUGCAUUUUGCCAAAUUACUACUCAGUCUACUCACGAUUUAUUGUACUGCGUUUACGUAACGCGUUUGUAUGAUCGUUUAUUGGUAACCGUAAUUUAUGGCAUGCCCUCCUGCUUUUUUAUUUAAGAAAAAUAAAACUAAUUAUAUUGUAAAUAUUGCAUUGAUCAUUUAGUCAC